ACGAUCAAAAUGGAUCUUGUUAAUAAAAGCGUCCUUCGAUACCGCAAAUCUAAUUCAAAUUAAAUGUACAUUUAAAAAAAUAAAUAAAACAAUGGCCGGUUUGAUAAUAAAGAAAAAUCAUGCCAAGUUAGCAGAAAGUCUUUAUAAAUCGACACAUUUUGAAAAGACAGAGGUUGAGAAGCUUUUAGCGAUUUUUCGGGAACUUAUUCCAAAUCAAAAAGCUAAGAUGGAUCGCAUUAAAUUUAGAGCAAUUCUUCAUAACACUUUUCAAAUGACAGAUGAUAUUCUUAUGGAUCGAAUUUUCAGGGCAUUUGAUAGAGAUAAUGACAGCAACAUAAGCAUGGAAGAAUGGAUAAAUGGGCUGUCUGUCUUUCUUCGUGGUACUUUAGAUGAACAGACAAGAUAUUGCUUUGAUGUUUAUGACUUGAAUUCAAAUGGUUUCAUCACAAGAGAGGAAAUUUUUCACAUGCUCAAAAAUACAUUAAUUAAGCAACCUUCUGAAGAAGAUCCAGAUGAAGGAGUCAAAGAUCUUGUUGAAAUCACACUUAAAAAAAUGGAUUUUGAUCAUGAUAAUCGAGUAUCAUACGCUGAUUUUAAACAAGCUGUUGAAGAAGAACCACUAUUACUUGAAGCGUUUGGUCCGUGUUUACCUGAUCAAGAACAUGUCGACUUAUUCACAAAACAAUUUUGUGGUGCUUCUUAAUCACUCGAAGGAAAUAUUUACCUAUAUAUUAUAUUACAAAUUUUAAUAAAAA